ACAGGGGUAAGGAGACACUCAAACUCAAGAAACCACUUUUGUGAAACCCACUGCUACCCACUUGUGGACCCCGCUCCUUCCGUUGACACCAUGGUCAGCUCCUGUUGUGGCUCCGUCUGCUCUGAGCAGGGCUGUGGCCAGGAGACCUGCUGCCGCCCCAGCUGCUGCCAGCCUGUGUGCGGCCAGCCCACCUGCUCUCCCUCUGGCUGCAGUGUGUCCAGCUGCCGCAGGCCCCAGUGCUGCCUCUCCAGCUGCUGCCACCCCAGCUGCUGCCAGCCCACCUGCUCUCGCCCCAGCUGCACUGUGUCCAGCUGCUGCAGGCCCCAGUGCCGCAUCUCCAGCUGCUGCCAGACCACCUGCUCUCGCCCUAGCUACAGUGUGUCCAGCUUCUGCAAGCCCCAGUGCUGCAUCUCCAGCUGCUGCCAGCCCACCUGCUCUCCCCCCAGCUGCAGUGUGUCCAGCUGCUGCAGGCCCCAGUGCAGCAUCUCCAGCUCCUGUCCCCCUCCCUGCAGCAUCUCCAGCUGCUGCCAGCCCUCUAGCUGUGGCUCCAGCUGCUGCCGCCCCUCCUGCUGCCUGCACCCAGUCUGUGGCCGGGUCUCCUGCCACACCACUUGCUAUCGCCCCACCUGUGUCAUCUCCACCUGCCCCCGUCCCAUGUGCUGCCCCUCCCCUUGCUGCUGAGCCCCCUGCCCUGUGACCACCAUCUCUGUUUACCUCUGUCCUCA